UCUUGAUCAACCUCCUGAUCUCGACAACCUUGUUCACUCCAGCACCGCCGGUACCUACCAUCGAGGUAUGUUUCACCUGCAGAUAUCCCCCCUUCUACAGCCUCACAGCUAGUCUGGGAGAGCAAUCACUGCGGAGUUUCUAGUGAUCCAAUUCCCCGGAGUUGCGACCGGAGGAAAAUGAGAUCUUGCAGGGAAAGAGAAAGUUUUUGAUGCAGUACUUCCGACCCGAAGGCUCAAUGGAACUAGAAAUCCUUCCAACGUGAUACGCAUCUCUCAUUACGGCACGGGCUGAAGAACCCUUUUGAUUGUUGCAACCAUAAGGGCACUCUUUGCGCUCGAGGACUACUGGUGGCUGACUAUGUAAAACCCGAAUCCCCUAACCGGGGGAUGAAGGGUUUCUUGUAAUACAGAUACCUCAUCUCCAGUUUUACUCUUGCUCGAUUUGAGAAUCUCGAUCUCUAUCCCUCAACACCGACAAAAUGGUCAAGACUUCCGUCCUCAACGAUGCGCUCAACGCCAUCAACAACGCUGAGAAGGCUGGCAAGCGCCAGGUCCUCAUCCGUCCUUCUUCCAAGGUCAUCAUCAAGUUCCUGAGCGUCAUGCAGAAGCACGGCUACAUCGGUGAAUUCGAGGAAGUUGACGACCACCGCUCCGGCAAGAUCGUCAUCCAGCUCAACGGCCGUCUCAACAAGUGCGGUGUCAUCAACCCCCGCUACCCCGUUCAGCUCGGUGAGAUCGAGAACUGGGCUGUCCAGCUCCUUCCUUCUCGUCAGUUCGGUUUCGUUGUCCUGACCACCUCCGCUGGUAUCAUGGACCACGAGGAGGCCCGCCGCAAGCACGUUGCUGGCAAGCUCCUCGGUUUCUUCUACUAAAAAGUUUAUCCGAAAAAAUCUGAUAAAAC